UAGUGGUGUUGCCUUUUGCAUGUGCCGGUUCGCACACAAAACCUUUUCAUUCCUUUCCCUUCUCCUUAUCCCUCCCUCAACCUCUUGUCUUCCUCCCCUCCCUGUUGCAAAGACUGCAAGAUAGAGACUACCAUCAGUAGCAGGACAAGGAAGGAGAGAUCUAGAGAGAGAGAGAGAGAGAGAGAGAGAGAGAGAUGGCGGACUGGGGUCCGGUGUUCGUGGCGGUGGUGCUCUUCGUGCUGCUCUCCCCGGGCUUGCUGUUCCAGAUCCCAGGCAAGGGGCGGCUGGUGGAGUUCGGCACCCUCCAGACCAGCGGCAUCGCCAUCUUCGUCCACUCCAUCAUUUUCUUCGCCCUCACCGCCAUCUUCAUCCUCGCCGUCGGCGUCCACGUCUACACUGGCUAGCCUGCUUCCUCCUCUAACACCCACCCACCCCUGCUCAUCUAUCUAAGCACCCAAAGCCACUACAUACACACUCUCUCUCUCUCAUUCUCCCACUUGGUUGCGUGGUUAAUUGUCUCCGCUCUUGUGUUGUUCCCUGGCGAUUCUUAUCAUGGAAGAGGCUCCCACCCUUGAUGGAACUUCAUUAGUCUCAAGUGUAAGAAAGGUCUUCGUCUAUGUUGAUUAAUAAUCAUUCUGUGGAUCUAUUGAA